AUGUUUACAACACCUGUACAUGUGCAUAUACUACUUUAGUGUAAUUCUGUUGAUUCAAAAUAGUAUAAUGAAUGUACACAACAGACGAUAUAAGUGAAAUUUACGAUCAGAUGUAUAACGACUAUAAAAUUGUAGUUAACAAAUUAGUGUUUUGAUUAAAAAUCGGUUAUUACAUAUAUCGGCAAAUAAAUCAAUGACUUAAAGAUUGCCAACAGCUGAGACAGGUAAAUAGCAGUUCAAUAUCUACUAUGAUUAAUAACGAUCGGAAUACCUGGAUUGUUACUAUAAGAUGUCAUUACGUAUAAGAUUGCUGUUUAAUUUUCCUACGUAUAAAGUGCUCGCUGUUUCUAUUAUUUCUAUAAUUGUUGGAGUAGCCAGUAUAUCCCUCUCUGUAAUUGGACUUGUAAAUCAGAUAUGGGGACAUUACGUUGCCACCGGGAUAUGGAGCGGUUCUGUGAUUGCAAUCUCUGGAUUCUUUGGAAUAGCUUCCGCACAAACGCGAGGAGUAUGUGUUGUAAAGACAUUUAUGAUGUUCUCUAUGUUCUCGUGUCUGGCUUCGUUCGGUGUGAUAGCCUUGUCCGUUGGCGGACUUAUAUAUGGUAGUAAAUUUUAUCUUGAAACAGUCUACCACCACCCGAAUACUCGACUAAUUCACGGCAUGUUACUGGGAACAGGGACAUUACAAACUAUCUUAUCACUAAUCUGUUCAAUAAUUUGUAUUAAACACGUAUGCUGUCGCCCGAAACCUAAACACCCUCCUGUAUCCCAGGAAGAGGGACAAAUCAGGGACGAAUUUCGUAGAGGUACUGACAGAGGAAGCCAAUCAAGCUCUGCUCCUUUAAUGUCAAAAUCUAAAAAAAGACGUAAGCAGAAGUCAAGUGCUGGUAUAUAUGUCUCUGGUGAACAGCCAUCAACUUCGGGUGAAAAUUUGGAUUCUGCUGAGCAUCAUUCCAGAGAAAGGAAAAGAGAUGAUAAAAAGCGAAACAAGGGUCUCAAGUCUUCGCAAAGAAGUAACAAGCAUCCGACAGAGGAUGACAGGCAAUAUUCGUCAGAUAGAGAAAGGCGUCAUUCGUCAGAGAGGGAAAAACGUCACUCAUCAGACCGAGAAAGACGUCAUUCUUCGGACAAAGACAGACGAGAAAGAAGUCAACGAGCCUCCGUUCGACAACAUAGUCCUGAUAGGUAUGCUAAUAAACCAGAUACAAACGAAGAAUUAGUAAAUGAAGGCUUGGUAGAACAAGCGUGUGCUGCUGUAGUAACCGCUAAUCGCGAAUGUCUUGCUAACAAUGGUGACAGCUUUGAGCUAAUUAGUAACGACAUGGAAGGCUUGCCUCCGUACGAGGAGGUUAUAAGGGACGAUGGUAUACAGGAUUCUUUUAUCCCAAUUUCAAUAACGGAUGCAGACUUUGAAGGUCAUGAAUGCAUUUCCUUGUCUUCACAUGGCAAUGUUUCUCCUUCGAACGAAUUCACCGAAGUAAAGCAGGUAGAUGCGGAGCAGGAAGCGUUACUCUGUCUUUCGGCCGCAUUACAGUCGCCGGUUAUCUCGAACAAUUCAGGAAUCUCGGAUCUACUUUCGGAUCAUGUAAUAAACGGAUGUAACUUGAGCAGUUUGUCCGAGAAUAGCAUCAUGGGAUCGGAUAACAGGUUGUCGACUGAACUGGUUAUUCAGGACGAAUUAGACGACAAAGAAGACACCGAAAAUGAUAAUCAAGACUUGUCAUUUACAGAAAAACAAGCGUUAUUACAGAAAUACCAUACUGUUGAUCCAGAUCCGCAGGGUGUUAUGUAUAAAGAAUUUUCUCGUGGUUCUGAUUUUAUAAAAGAAACUAUUGUCACAAAGCCAAAAAGAUCUAAAAGCUUUCAACAAACUCGGGAGCGUGAUUUUGCCCGAGGGAAAUCCGUUUCUACCCGUCAGCUUAGUUGUGAUACUGAAAAGGGUAUCGAUUGUUCUGAUAAACCCGACAGUUUCAGAUCUGCUAGUAAAAGUUUUUCGAGAACCUCAUCAGUACCUGGAAAACCUCCACCAAAACCCCCGAGAACAAGUUCGUUGAGACAACACCAUUUAGAAAGCAAAGAGAGGCCUAAAAGUGCAACAUUACCGUACUCUCAGUUUGCAAUAAUGAAAAUCCUUGAUGAAGGAAAACCUGACACUACUGAAAUUAAACAACAUGUAGACGCCGCUGCCGCCUCCAAUGUGUCAGGACCUACAAGGGAGGAAUUUAAGGAGAAGAAAACCUUUGACAUUAGUAAAAUCCAACCCCCGAAAUUCCGUUACCCUCGUUCAAAACUCACAGACGAAACUUUUAAAGAACCAAUAAAUACUAACGCUGAGGCGAAGUCUAUAAAGCCUCUGAUGGAAAUCUCAAAACAGUUCUCUGUGAAAAACGAGAAUGGAACGAAAGAACGUUCAUAUAAUUUCCCUAAGCCAUCUUAUACGGUUGAUUCGACGCCAUAUUUGCCAAGUUUAGAUAAGAUCAGGAACUCUAAAGUUGACGAUGAACAACAUCCGUAUACGAACAAGAAUAAAGAUCGAGAAUCACUAAGUUUAUCACUAUCACCUUCAUCAAACGCCAUGGAACCUCUGAAAUCCCCUCUAAAGUCACCCACAGACUAUAGUGUAGUACCUCUUAAGGAGAUCUUGUUAAAAGGACAAAGUACAAAUAGAAACAUAACAAGUCCGUUAAACGAAAGAGAGCAUUCCAGUACCUCAGAUGCAAGUUCCGAAGAGUCGUCUGUUCAUGAAGUAGCAGACGAUAAUGCAGCACGUGUAGAUAUAAAUCAUGAACAUGAUCGUGACAGUCAGAAUUUGUCGGACACGGAAGGUAAACCAAUGUAUAGUUUCUUAUUAUGAUUUUUUUAUAUAGUUUUAUGAAAUUCUACAAUCUAAAUGAGAAAUAUUUAAAUUUGUAUUAUAUGAAAUUUAAUAAGUUGCAACCUAAUGUUUUCUAUCAUCUUCAUUUUUGGUUUCCUUAGGGAACAACCAUUUACUUUUUUUUAAA